AUGGAUAACACGACGUCGUCCGGCGCCGUAAUGCGUCACGAAGCGUCGGAUUACAUUCAAAUGGUGUUGUUCCUAUCCUUUAUGGCGAUUGGCCUCCCAGUUAAUAUUUCCACAUUGAUCUAUAUGCUAAGACGAUAUCGUCAUGCAAAAAGCUUUUUGCUACUCUUACACAUUAAUCUGAAUAUUUCGGAUAUUUUGGUGCUAGGAGUCUAUGUACCUGGUUUAAUUGGAUGGCUGAUCACCCUGGAGUGGAAAGGAGGUGCGCUUCUAUGCAAAGUAAUGCGGUUCGUCGAUGUCUUCGUAUUAGCGAUAAGUUCCAAUAUUAUGGUCUGUAUUGCGUUGUAUCGCUUGUACGCUCUUCGUUAUCCGCUUUGGAUCUCAGCAGUUGGACAUAGUCGAGUACCGCGGAUGCUUCUUUUGGCUUGGGGCACUGGUGUUGUGUCAAUGUUGCCGCAGUUAUACGUUUGGAGAGAGGUGAAUUUUGGAAAUUUUCAUCAAUGUGUAACUAUGUGGACGGAGAAAAUCAAUUUGGGGGGCGGUAAUCGUACCCUAAUGACGGACAUGGAUUUUAAACUUAUGAAAUUAUACGGGAUCCAGAAUGCUUUCAUCACUUUCUAUGUCCCAUUGGUAAUUCUUGUCGUCUGCUAUGUACUGAUACUAAAGGACAUCUAUAAGACGUUGAACGCUUCUGAACCAGAAAUGUCUUCGGCAUUAUACCUGUCCGAACUUAGCAAACUCUCGACGUUUAAUAAACGAUGGCCAAAGAAGGAAAAAGAAAGCACUGUGUCCUUAACAACAAGAACCAUACGGGGUCAGGAUAAGCUGCGACGCGCUAAGGUGCGAUCUUUACGGAUCACGCUAUUGUUAAUACUGGUUUAUGUCAUCACUUGGUUGCCGAAUAACUUGCUAUCAUGGUGGAUGGUGAUUUCGUUCGAUUCGUAUCGAGACCAUCAGGAUGCAACAUAUCCUUUAGCUUUUCUGGUAGUCUUAAACAGUGUCAUCAAUCCUUUCAUCUACGGCAGGUGCCAAGGACUAAAACUUAUGUUCGGAUGCAGUCAAAUAGAAAAACGACCGAAGAAGGUAUGCAGUAUGCUGCGAUGUUAG